GAUCAUCGACAAUUGAUUACAUAAUCCUCAGCUGAGGCGGUGGCAGCUGCACAUUCAGACCGUAACCGCGCUUUCCAUUGAGCUGCCAGCUGUGUCCUUGAUUUUGCCCACCAUGGAUCGCUUCGACUCCCUGGCGAGUACCCUGUCAAACCUGACUGUUUACGACCUCAAGAACAUGUACAACCAAGCCAAAAAUGUUGUGCUUAAUGUCAGCGAGAUGGAAUCCAAAGUCAGGGAGGCGACUAAUGACGAACCUUGGGGCGCCAGUUCCACAUUAAUGCAAGAAAUUGCCCAAGGGACAUUCAACUUCCAAAACUUCAAUGAGAUCAUGCCGUGUAUAUAUGCCCGGUUUAUGGAAAAAGAGGCACGGCAGUGGAGACAGAUUUACAAGGCCCUCCAACUGCUUGAAUACUUAAUCAAACACGGCAGUGAGAGAGUUGUCGACGACUCUCGUUCCCACAUCUCCACACUCAAGAUGCUCAGAAAUUUCCACUACAUAGACGACAAGGGCAAAGAUGAGGGCCAGAAUGUCCGCAACCGGGCCCGUGAACUGGUAGACCUAUUGUCCGAUGUAGAUACCAUCCGCACGGAACGACGGAAAGCGAAAACCAAUCGCCACAAAUACAUUGGCACUGGCAACGAUUCCAUGAGCUUCAGCUCGGGUGGCAGCCGCUUCGGCGGAUUUGGCAGUGAUAGCUUCUCGAGUGGAAGUGGAGGCUAUUAUGGAGACAGAAUGAGUGGCAGAGAUGAUUACGGAGGCAAUUCUGGUUUCAGAGAUAGCAAUGGUAGAAAGGACUUCGAGGAGUACACUGCUGGGGACGACGAGACUGUUGUCAGACGAUCAGGUUCUGUCAGUAGGAGUCAUACUGGGUCCCGUCAGGGCACACAAUCAGUUAGUUCUCCUGUUCGUCCGGUGCAACCUGCGCCCCCAAAGCCGAAAGAACCUGAGGUCGAUCUCCUGGGUGGCUUCAGUGACGAGCCAGUGGUCGCUACUAACAUCAACCCCAUGUCCAACACAAACAAAGCCCUUCCAUCUGUAGGUAAUGUCAAUCUCGAUGAUGAUGAUUUCGCUGAUUUCCAAGUUGCGCCGUCUUCACCCGCACCAUCUUCACCCGCCCCGGCAUCUGCUUCUCUCCCCACUAAGCCUACGUUGAUGGAGAUGCUACGGAGCACAAGCCCUCCUGCCAAUCGGGCACCCACGAUGAGCCCAUCACUUGGAUCACAGAUUCCUAAACCCGCUGCAUUUUCCAACACUUCUGUGAGGGCGCUUUCUCCCACAAACAGGCAAUUUUUCCCUACUACUGCUGGCGGGUCAUCCGGCAACUUGUGGUCUACGUCGACACCGCUGUCGCCUACGACAUCCGUCCGAACAUCAAUGUCAGCUGCCCCAAUCAUCCCCGCAGCUCCACCCCCAAAAGCUUCACCUGCUGCACCCCCGAAAUCGUCAUCGAACUUCGAGGACUUGUGGUCGUUGUCUCUAGGUACAUUAUCGACGACCCCAACCGUCAAAUCUGGGAACACUGGUAAAUCUAUUAAAGAUCUCGAGAAAGAGAAAGCCCAGGCUGGUAUUUGGGCAUCGAGUCAGAAGCCAGGUGCAACCCAGAUGGGAAUGGGUAGCGGAUUCGGGAAUUUUGGUGGUAUAGGCACCUCUGGCGGAACAGCCGCUUCUGCAAGUGGUGGAGAUGACCUCUUGCUGUGAAUCAUGGUUACAGGCGGAAUCAUGCGAUUCGGGGGGCUGGAAAAUAGAUGACAGGUGCAGUUGUUUGUUUAAUAGUUGGUUCAUAAGUUUAUCUACUAUCAAAUUUUGCGGACUGAUUCAUGUUGUGACCGUGUGC